GUUUCCCCCUCUGUGUCCGCUUGCACAGCUGCGGGCCACGGCUUCCCUCUCAGUCUCAGAGGCCAACUCACACAAGGUAAACACACACCCGGACAGCCGGCAAAGCUGGAUAGGAAAAUGAUCGUUGGACAGGGUUGAUUUUGCCUGUGUUGUUUUCCUCACAAUGCCUUUUGGGUUGAAUCAUAAAUAUCACUGUAGUUGAAUAUCUUCAACCGAAUUAGGUUGUUUAACACAUUGUAUGUUAAUAUUUGAAAUGGCGCUAGCUAGGCCGCGGACAGAGUCAGUUUAGAGUAAGCCAUGUGUUUAUAUCUGCGAUAGUGUGUUCAGCUGAGAUACGGAGCAUAACUCAUCAAGCAUAAUAUUCUGCCACCAGGAAACUAAAUAUAGAUGGUGUUUUGAUUGCGUGAAAAUUUCAAAGGAGAUUAUGAUCAGCACCACUAAAAUAGCAGUGCCAAGAGCCAAGGGGCAGAGCUCUGGCCUUUCUGCCCACCUGCCUGCCUCACAUGGCUCUUACAGCAGGUAUUCACAAUUAUCCUCAGGGCCGUGUGUCACUUUUUCCAGCGCAUGGAUUCUAUGUGUGUGUGGGAUUGUGUGUGUGUUUGUCUCACUCUCUUUGGGAGUGUUGUGGGGAGUCAUAGGUCAAUGGUCCGGGUUGGCUCCUUCACUUGGCUUCUCAGCGCCCUGAGUCACUGAGUGGCUGUCACCCCAUGAACCUGUGACCUCAUCUCCUUAGCUCCCUCAGCCCUCCUUCUAUACCAACCGCAGGUUUCGGUGCAUGACAUCAUGAGCUGAGAAGGUCUUCGCUAAUGAUGGGGGAACGGGGGUCGGUAAAGUGGACGGGAAAGGAGAGGGGGUGAAGUGGGGUGUGAUCCGGAACGCGGAUAAUUUUUUCCAACAUUAUUUGAGUAUUAGCCGUGUCAUUAUUAACGCAGGUGUGUUUUCUCAAUGACCAAAUUCUUCUUCUUAUUUGCUGAAUAGAGCCUGUCAGAAACCAGCUGGGAGAUGGGAAAGGGCAUUGCCGCCGGCAACAGAAGACAUCCGUGGAUACACACAACCCGUCCCUGUCUGGCUGGCCACAACACCCCGUAUAGCCCAAAGACUUGAUCCCUAUCACGCAUAGCGUAGCAUAGAAUUCCCCCUUCAUGCUUUAUUUUUACACAAUCCAAACGCACGCAGAGGAUCAGGAUAUGGCCGCUUACAUUAUUUAAUUAGCACGGGUGACGUGCUGAGAGGUCAAACUCCAUUCAGAGCAGAAACUCUAUCCACUCAUUGAUUCUAUUAAAAGCUGUGGGCUAUGUGUGUGUGUGUGUGUGUGUCAGAGCAGGGCUUGCCUGGUGUGGUGAAGACCCCCCCUCCUCCCACACACUCCCCACCCCUGUCCGCCCCACCAGUGGGCUCUAACACUGUCAGCUGAAUACAACCCUGGGGUUCAAUGGCACACUUAAAAGUAAUGGAACACUGCAACAACAAUACAUACGUAUAGGGCACAAGUGUGUACAUGCAAACACAUAAAAAGAGAAAAACAAUUGUAUUUGUCACAUGCUUUGUAGACAACGGGUGCAGAUUAACAGUGAAAUGCUUACUUACGGGUCCAUUUCCAACAAUGCAAAGUUAAAUAUAAGAUAAAAAGUUAAAUUAAACAUUGAAAUAGUGACACAAGGAAUAAAUGCACAGUGAAUAACGAAUAAAACUAUAGAGUAAAAUAAUCAGCAGUUUGCAAAUGUGGAUGAUGUGUGUGUGAGGUGCAGAAGGGGAGUUACUGAUGUUAGUGAGUGCGUGCGUGCUUUCCUGUGUGCAUGUGUCUGACCGUGCGAGUGUGUGUGUGAGGUGAAUGAAGCUAUGCCUGCUGUGAAAGCCAUUAGGUGCAUUUGAAGUGGGAGCGAUCAUUGAGCGUGAGUCUGCCAGCCGCGGAUGUUUGGGCUGAGCUAGGAGAUGCAGUCCGGGGCUUCCGACAGCGUUCAGUCUCUAAUGGACAGACCUCCACUCACCACUGGGGUCAUUCUUCGUUUUCAUACACGCCAAACACACACACACACACACACACACACAUACACAACACACAGCCCAGGGCUUUUAAUAGAGUCAAUGAGUGGACAGAGUUUCUGCGCUGAAUGGAGUUUCAGAGCAGCACUGGGGUCAUGACUGGGAUGACUGGGGUCACACAUGCCACACACACAGACCUACACACACGGGCGCAAACAGACACACACAAACACACACACAGACCUACAGGGCGCGUACACACACACAAAGAUUUACAUGGGGGCGUGUACACCCUUACCAUUUUAAAUGUAAAUGUUUGUCAUUUAGCAGACACUCUUAUCCAGAGCGACAUACAGUUAGUGCAUUCAUCUUAAGAUAGCUAGGUGGGACGACCAUAUAUCACAGGCCUCGGGGGGGGGUGUCAAGUGCUGGUUCAGACACACACACACAGUUAGACAUACACUUAUGCCUGCAAACAGAAACACACACACAACCCCCCCCCCCACACACACACACACACACAAACGCACUGUAUACCUCUUUGCUUGUUAAAUACUACAGUGUUGUGGCUUGUAGCUAUGCACACAAAUCCUCUCGUCUGAACCCUCAGGACUCUGAAACGGAACACAUCAGAUCCCCAUCUCUGUAAGCGCAGAAACAGGCUUCCUCUCAGCUUAUUAACUCUUGUACUAGAAAAGGGAAAAUACUAGUGAGAACACAUUCCACCCCAUCUGAUACACUGGCUUCCCCCAGCCAUCCUCUUUUGCUAUUUAUAUAGUAUACACAUACAGCACCAGUCAAACGUUUGGACACACCUACUCAUUCAAGGGUUUUUCUUUAUUUUUACUAUUUUCUACAUUGUAGAAUAAUAGUGAAGACAUCAAAACUAUGAAAUAACGCAUGUGGAAUCACGUAGUAACUAAAACAGUUUUAAACAAAUCCAAAUAUAUUUUUAAUGUUAGAUUCUUCAAAGUAGCCUUGAUGACAACUUUGCACACUCUUGGCAUUUUCUCAACCAGCUUCAUGAGGAGUGCUUUUCCAACAGUCUUGAAGGAGUUCUCGCAUAUGCUGAGUACUUGUUGGCUGCUUUUCCUUCACUCUGCGGUCCAACUCAUCCCAAACCAUCUCAACUGGGUUGAGGUCGGGUGAUUGUGGAGGCCAGGUCAUCUGAUGCAGCACUCCAUCACUCUCCUUCUUGGUCAAAUAGCCCUUACACAGCCUGGAGGUGUGUUUUGGAUCAUUGUCCUGUUGAAAAACAAAUGAUAAACCCACUAAGCGCAAACCAGAUGGGAUGGAGUAUCACUGCAGAAUGCUGUGGUAGCCAUGCUGGUUAAGUGUGCCUUGAAUUCUAAAUAAAUCACAGACAGUGUCACCAGCAAAGCACCAUCACACCUCGUCCUCCAUGCUUCACGGUGGGAACCAAACAUGCAGAGAUCAUCCGUUCAACUACUCUGCAUCUCAAGAAUCUCAAAUUUGGACUCAUCAGACCAAAGGACAGAUUUCCACCAGUCUAAUGUCCAUUGCUCAUGUUUCUUGGCCCAAGCAAAUCUCUUCUUAUUAUUGGUGUCCUUUAGUAGUGGUUUCUUUGCAGCAAUUCGACCAUGAAGGCCUGAUUCACGCUGUCUCCUCUGAACAGUUGAUGUUGAGAUGUGUCUGUUACUUGAACGCUGUGAAGCAUUUAUUUGGGCUGCAAUUUCUGAGGCUGGUAACUCUAAUGAAGUUAUCCUCUGCAGCAGAGGUAACUCUGGGUCUUCCUUUCCUGUGGCGGUCCUCGUGAGAGCCAGUUUCAUCAUAGCGCUUGAUGGUUUUUGCGACUGCACUUGAAGAAACGUUCAAAGUUCUUGAAAUGUUCCAUAUUGACGGACUUCAUGUCUUAAAGUAAUGAUGGACUGUCGUUUCUCUUUGCUUAUUUGAGCUGUUCUUGUCAUGAUAUGGACUUUUACCAAAUAGGGCUAUCUUCUGUAUAUCACCCCUACCUUGUCACAACACUACUGAUUGGUUCAAAUGCAUUAAGAAGGAAAUAAAUUCCACAAAUUAACAAGGCACACCUGUUAAUUGAAAUGCAUUCCAGGUGACUACUUCAUGAAGCUGGUUGAGAGAAUACCAAGAGUGUGCAAAGCUGUCAUCAAGGCAAAGGGUGGCUACUUUGAAGAAUCUCACAUAUAAAAUAUAUUUUGAUUUGUUUAAUAUUUUUUGGGUUACUACAUGAUUCCAUGUGUGUUAUUUCAUAGCUUUGAUGUCUUCACUAUUAUUCUACAAUGUAGAAAAUAGUAAAAAUAAAGAAAAACCCUGGAAUGAGUAGGUGUGUCCCAACUUUUGACUGGAACUGUAUAUAGGAGUCUUAGUGCAGUUUUUCAUUCAUGUCAUUUCAUAUUUAUUUUUUGGCCACUCAGUAACAAUUGCCACUGUUUUCCAGGGAGUCCUGGGUUCCAUAGAAUCAAUAGAAACAGAUAAAAAACACAUCCUAAUGUCACGAUCGUCUGGGUAAGGAGUAGACCAAUGCGCAGCGUUGCAGGCAAACAUACUCAUUUAUUAGCGAAACGUAAUCAAAACAACAAAAGACGGUAACGUGACAGUACACGGUUAAACACAACCAACACGAAACAAGAACCCACAAAACACAAAGGAAAACCGACAGUUUAAAUAUGGCUCCCAAUCAGAGACAACCAGCAAACAGCUGACACUCGUUGCCUCUGAUUGGGAGUCACUCAGGCCAACCUAGACAUAGAACAACUAGACACUCAAACACAGCACAUAAACACACGGAAUCUACACACCCUGACUCAACAUAUAAAGUCCCCAGAGCCAGAGUGUGACAGUACCCCCCCCCAAAAGGCGCGGACUGCGACCGCGCCUCAACAAAACCCCAAACAGGGGAGGGCUGGGUGGGCAUUCCUCCUCGGAGGCGGCUCCGGCUCCGGGCUUGACAACCACCCUUCCAUAAUUCCCCCGUAGCGCCCCUGGUCCGGUCUGACCCCGCUGGCUGGAUCUGGACUGGACAUCGACGGAGCGGAUUGCUUACGCUCCGUUGUGGAGCAGCUGACCGGUACCUGAUCAGGCACCAGACUGACGACGCGCACCCCUGGCUUGGCGCGUGAGGCAAGAACGGACCGGACCUGGCUGACGACGCGCCCCCCUGGCUUGGUGCGUGGAGCAGCAACGGACCGGACCGGGCUGACGAUAUGCACCCCUGGCUUGGUGCGUGGAGCCGGAACGGGCCUCACCGGACUGACGACUCGCACCCUUGGCUUGGUGCGUGGAGCAGCGACGGGCCUUACCAGGCUGACGACUCGCACCCCGGGCUUGGUGCGAGUAGCAGGAACGGGCUGAACCAGGCUGACGACUCGCACCCCUGGCUUGGUGCGAGUGGCAGGAACGGGCUGGACCAGGCUGACGACUCGCACCCCUGGCUUGGUGCGAGUGGCAGGAACGGGCUGGACCCGGCUGGCGACGCACACCGUAGUUUUGGUGCGAGUGGCAGGAACAGGCCGGGCCGGGCUGGCGACGCACACCGUAGGUUUGGUGCGUGGAGCAGGGACAGGCCGGACUGGGCUGGCGACUCGCACCCCUGGCUUGGUGCGAGUGGCAGGAACAGGCCGGGCCGGGCUGGCGACGCGCACCGUAGGUUUGGUGCGAGUGGCAGGAACAGGCCGAGCCGGGCUGGCGACGCACACCGUAGGUUUGGUGCGUGUGGCAGGAACAGGCCGGGCCGGGCUGGCGACGCACACCGUAGGUUUGGUGCGUGGAGCAGGGACAGGCCGGGCUGGGCUGGCGACGCACCCCGUAGGCUUGGUGCGUGGAGCAGGGACAGGCCGGGCUGGGCUGGCGACGCAAACCGUAGGCUUGGUGCGUGGGGCAGGAACGGACCGGACCUGGCUGACGAUGCGCCCCCCUGGCUUGGUGCGUGGAGCAGCAACGGACCGGACCGGGCUGACGAUACGCACCCCUGGCUUGGUGCGUGGAGCCGGAACGGGCCUCACCGGACUGACGACUCGCACCCUUGGCUUGGUGCGUGGAGCAGCGACGGGCCUUACCAGGCUGACGACUCGCACCCCGGGCUUGGUGCGAGUAGCAGGAACGGGCUGAACCAGGCUGACGACUCGCACCCCUGGCUUGGUGCGAGUGGCAGGAACGGGCUGGACCAGGCUGACGACUCGCACCCCUGGCUUGGUGCGAGUGGCAGGAACGGGCUGGACCCGGCUGGCGACGCACACCGUAGGUUUGGUGCGAGUGGCAGGAACAGGCCGGGCCGGGCUGGCGACGCACACCGUAGGUUUGGUGCGUGGAGCAGGGACAGGCCGGACUGGGCUGGCGACUCGCACCCCUGGCUUGGUGCGAGUGGCAGGAACAGGCCGGGCCGGGCUGGCGACGCGCACCGUAGGUUUGGUGCGAGUGGCAGGAACAGGCCGGGCCGGGCUGGCGACGCGCACCGUAGGUUUGGUGCGAGUGGCAGGAACAGGCCGAGCCGGGCUGGCGACGCACACCGUAGGUUUGGUGCGAGUGGCAGGAACAGGCCGGGCCGGGCUGGCGACGCACACCGUAGGUUUGGUGCGUGGAGCAGGGACAGGCCGGGCUGGGCUGGCGACGCACCCCGUAGGCUUGGUGCGUGGAGCAGGGACAGGCCGGGCUGGGCUGGCGACGCACACCGUAGGCUUGGUGCGUGGAGCAGGAACAGGCCGGACCGGGCUGGCGACGCGCACCGUACACUUGGUGCGAGGGGCUGGAACAGGCCGGACCGUACUGGGGACACACACCACUGGCUCUACCUCGGGAUCUGGAACGGGCCGGACCGGACUGGUAACACACCCCAGUACCUCUCGCCGUGCCUCUACACCUUCCCUCCCUGCUUUGACCAGUGGCCCCCGUAACCUGGUGGCCUUCUGAAUCCGCCCCUUUUCUGCCUCCGUCAGCCCCGUCGUCCAUGCCAUGUGCCCCCCCCUAAAUUUUUUUGGGGUUGCCUCUCGACCGUCCAACGCUGACACUGCUUACGCCGUUGCUCCUCUCUUCGUCGCCUCUCAAUUGUCUCACUCCAUGGCCGGCGAUCCAUCCCGGCCAGGAUCUCCUCCCAGGUCCAGGACCCCUGCCCGUCCAAAAUCUGUUCCCACGUCCAGGCUGCCGAUUCCUGGACACGCUGCUUGGUCCUUUUAUGGUGGGUUCUUCUGUCACGAUCGUCUGGGUAAGGAGUAGACCAAUGCGCAGCGUUGCAGGCAAACAUUCUCAUUUAUUAGCGAAACGUAAUCAAAACAACAAAAGACGGUAACGUGACAGUACACGGUUAAACACAACCAACACGAAACAAGAACCCACAAAACACAAAGGAAAACCGACAGUUUAAAUAUGGCUCCCAAUCAGAGACAACCAGCAAACAGCUGACACUCGUUGCCUCUGAUUGGGAGUCACUCAGGCCAACCUAGACAUAGAACAACUAGACACUCAAACACAGCACAUAAACACACGGAAUCUACACACCCUGACUCAACAUAUAAAGUCCCCAGAGCCAGAGUGUGACACCUAAUGAGAAGCACACACAUCAUAUGCAAUAGCAUAUAUACAAAACCACGCUCACAUUACAGCAAUCUAGAUAUGUGUAAAGCUCUUUUGAAGGUGGACAUGCUAGCUAGCUGCUGUGUGCAUAAGUCCAGCUUGUUCCAGAGCAAUGGUCCAAAGAACUGCAGACUGUUGUUCGCUGAUGGUUGUGCCAGUAGGUGCGGGUCCCAUUGGUCAUAGGCUUUGGCUGCUGCUCUGGUGCGCCCACGGAGGAUGGACUGAGACUCCCACCUGAACAGGUCUGACAUGUAUUCAGGCAGUUUGUGCUGUGUCGCCUUGAUCCUGUGACAGACAGUGGUUCGAUUCCAGCUUUUUGCAGAAUAACUUCUGUCUUUAUGUGUUCCCUCUGUGAAUGCCCUGUCAUGAUACAAGGAGCCCUGUUGAUUAUACGCUGUAACUGGUUAAGACCUGUCUUAUUGCACUGAUGUAGGGUGCGAAGCCAUACUGUGGCACAAUACUCCAGGUGAGUUGUUAUCAUGGUGUGGUAGAUUGUCAGGAGGAUGUCCUUGGAGAUGAAGUCCCUCGCCAUUUUUAGAGCACCAAGCUCAGACAGCAGUUUCACUGUGACCAGGCUGGCAUGUUCAGUCCAGUGUAGGUGUGGGUCCAACUUCAUCCCCAGUUACUUUAUGGCCUUUACUUGUUCAUAAGUGUUUUAUCUGUCUGUUAUUGUGACACUUUUGCCUAUGUGUCUCAGCUGUUGUGGGUUGUGCCAAACAGCAUUGCCUUUUUACUACGCUUUGCUCCCUCUGAGGAUCUUGAUAUAACUUGUUGGUAAGAAAAAGGGGGUGGUGGUCUGUUUGUAUAUAAAUAUAGUGUGUGAGAAGUCAGCUGGAUUUGCUGCAGAUUGCCCUCAGUCUUAGGAGAUAUAUCCAGAGUGUGUCUCUCACUAGCUCUGUUUUAUAUAGUUCAAACCUGGGAAAACAUUGAUGCAGAGUUCAAACAGAAGGGAUUUCAAAAAGGUAGAACUGAUUUUGGACCAGUUUUGGUAGAACAGGUAGAACUCUUAUGGACCAGUUUUGCAAUGGUUGGGUUUUGGUUUGGUCAAGCCUGGAUUUGAGUUGAGAUCAACCGACAUGAGAUGUGAGUUUGAACUGAAGACAAGUUAAGUUGGAGGUCCAAGUUGGACAUAAGGGGACACAGGAUCCACAGGUUUAGCUCAGAUAGACAGAGACAGACAGACGGACAGACUGACAGAGACCUAGAUGGAGACCUAGACGGUUCAUCGGGCUUGAUAUAUGACUGCGUACAGUCAGUAUAUAGGUCAGGAGGAUCUGACUUCAGUUUAGACAAGGAGUAGCUAUCAUUAGUUUAUUUCGGACAAGGGAGAUACGAGCCUGGGCUGCAGACUGAUCCCUGUGAAGUUUAUGGAUCUGAGCGAGAUAGAGGGAGAGAGCGAUCUGAUUGUCUGGAGGCAGUAUGGAAAGAUAAACCGUCCCUGAUCUCUCUCUCUUUCCAGCAGCUACCUCCAUCUCCCGCUCACCUCUGUGGCUUUGCAGACCGUCAUUCCGACAGCACGCACCUCAUCAGGCAACGGGACUUGACCUUUCCCUCUGAUUUCUGGGACAUUAACUCUGUUGCCCAGCGGAGGGAGGGGGGCGGGGGGGGGGGGGGGGGGGUCAACAGCCCUCACCUCCCCCUGGCCGCCCAGCUACUCCCCAGAGUUCCCAUUACCAGGUAAUAGCCCCAGCCCUGGGGUGAUGAGAAUGAAAAUGUGAGAGGGUUUAGGACAAGGAGCAGUGGAAAACGAGGAGAAAUGAUGUCAGAGGAAUCGCGGCCACCGAUUGGAGUGGAGAUUCCAGAGGAGCCUAUAAAAUGGGGAAAGUCAACACAAGGAACAAGUGAACGGAGAGAAAAGUUGGAACGUGAGAAAUUCCAGGAACUUUUCAACAUCCUCUCUCUCCUCCUGUGUGUAUGUGUGUGUUCCAGACUGUCUAUAACAAAAGGUGAGUACAAUAUAACUUACGGGGCUCUCUGUGCACAAGUGGGUGCUCAGACAUGCAUGGAUAUAUGUAUGCAUGAAUGCAUGGAUGUAGCGCAGGUGUGUACACUCUUAGAAAAAAAGAUGCUAUCUAUAUCCAAAAAGGGUUCUUUGGCUGUCCCUAUAGGAGAACCCUUUGAAAAAAAACUUUGGGUUGCAGGUAGAACCGUUUUGGGUUCCAUGUAGAACCCUUUCCACAGAGGGUCCUACGUGGAACCCAAAAUAGUUCUACCUGGAACCAAAAAGGGUUCUCCUAAGGGACAGCUGCAGAAUCCUUUUUUUAAGAGUGUAUGUUCAUCACACCUAUGUGUAUGUGUGCAGGUGUUCUUGAGAGAUGUUAAUGUGUGCAGUAUAGAAUACAGCAGAAGAAAGAUGAGUGAUGAUGAGUGACAGUUUUAUUGAGUGGUGGUUGUAAACCUUGCAUAAGUUCACAAUUAGUGAGAAAAUUAGUUUGAUCUGUAUUUUUGUGAAUGGAAGAAUUUGAGUGUUUUGUGUGUGCGUAAAGAAUGUUUGUGACGUAUGGAGAGUGUGAGUGUGUCUUUGUGAGAAUGUUGGAGUACGUACAUUGGGAAGAGUGCAUGUGAUGGGUGGAGGUGUUUAUUUUUGGGAAUGGAAAAUGCUAAAAUUAGCUGAUGUUGCUGGACAAUACCCUUUGCCAGUCAAGUCUAAAACAUACACUGUGAGAACACGACAUGGUUUCAAACAGUACCACUUGAUUUUACAGUCUGAGAAAGGUGUUCCAAAAGGUAUUCUAUGGACCAAUAGAGAAAUUCAGUUAUUUUGACCAGCUUUUCGGUUGAUUUACUGCUUGGUCAUUUGGACCGGGAUGCAAGCAGUGGUGUGAAGUACUUAAGUAAAAAAUACUUUAAAGUACUACUUAAGUAGUUAUUUGGGGUAUCUGUACUUUACUUUACUAUUUAUAUUUUUGAAAACUUUUACUUUUACUUCACUAGAUUCCUAAAGAAAAUAUUUUACUUUUUACUCCAAAGAUUUUCCCUGACAACCAAAAGUACUCGUUACAUUUUGAAUGCUUAGCAGGUAAGGGAAAUGGUCAAAUUCACUUAUCAAGAGAACACACGGUCAACCCUACUGUCUCUGGCGGACUCACUAAACACAAAUGCAUAUUUUGUAAAUAAUGUCUGAGUGUUGGAGUGUGCCCCUGGGUAUCCAUACAUUUGAAAAACAAGAAAAUGGUGUUCCUCUGUGGAGAUGGGAAGAAGUUUGGAACCACCAAGACUCUAACUAGAGCUGGCCACCCGGCCAAACUGAGCAAUCGGGGGAGAAGGGCCUUGAUCUGGGAGGUGACCAAGAACCCAAUGGUCACUCUGACAGAGCACCAGAGUUCCUCUGUGGAGAUGGGAGAACCUUCCAGAUGGACAACCAUCUCUUUAGCAAUCCACUAAUUAGGCCUUUAUGGUAGAGUGGCCAGACGGAAGCCACUCCUCAGUAAAAGGCACAUGACAGCCCGCUUGGAGUUUGCCAAAAGGCACCUAAAGACUCUCAGACCAUGAGAGCAUGGUAGAGCAUGGCACUUGCAACGCCAGGGUUGUGGGUUUGAUUCCCAUGGGGGGCCAGUAUGGGAACAAAAAAAUGUAUGCACUCACUAACUGUAAGUCGCUCUGGAUAAGAGCGUCUGCUAAAUGACAAAAAUGUAAAAUGUAAAUGAUGAAACCAAGAUUGAAUGCCAAGCUUCAUGUCUGGUGGAAACCUAGCGCCAUCCCUACGGUGAAGCAUGGUGGUUGCAGCUAGCUCUGUUUUAUAUAUUGUUCAGAUGGGAUAAGGCUGUAGGGAUGUUUUUCAGGAGCAGGGACUGGGAGACUAGUCAGGAUCGAGGCAAAGAUGAACGGAGCACAGAGAGAUCCUUGAUGAAAACCUGCUCCAGAGCACUCAGGACCACAGACUGGGGCGAAGGUUCACCUUCCAACAGGACAACGAUCCUAAGCACACAGCCAAGACAACGCAGGAGUGGCUUCGGGACAAGUCUCUGAAUGUCCUUGAGUGGCCCAGCCAGAGCCCGGACUUGAACCUGAUCUAACAUCUCUGGAGAGACCUGAAGAUAACUGUGCAGCAACGCUCCCCAUCUAUCCUGACAGAGCUUGAGAGGAUCUGCAGAGAAGAAUUGGAGAAACUCCCCAAAUACAGGUGUGCUAAGCUUGUAGCGUCAUACCCAAGAAGACUCGAUGAUGUAAUCGUAUAUUUUAAAAAAUAUUUAAAAACCUGUUUUGGCUUUGUCAUUAUGGGGUAUUGUGUGUAGAUUCAUGAGGGGGAAAAACGAUUUAAUCAAUGUUAUAAUAAGGCUGUAACGUAACAAAAUUUGGAAAAAGUCAAGGGGUCUGAAUACUUUCCGAAGGCAAGUACCCUCGUUACAGGUACUUUUUAGCUUAAGUUUAUUUAGUAAAUACUUUCUUAACUCUAUUUUUCUUAAAACUGCAUUGUUGGUUAAGGCUUUGCAAGUAAGCAUUUCACGGUAAGGUCUGCACCUGUUUUAUUCAGUGCAAUACAUUUUGAUUUAAUUUGAUUAAUAUAAGGAAUUGUGAAUUAUUUAUACUUUUACUUUUGAUACUUAAGUACAUUUUAGCAAUUACAUUUACUUUCAAAACUUAAGUAUAUUUAAAAUCAAAUACUUUUAGACUUGAGUAACUUUCUAUUAAGGUUUCUAUACUUUUACUCAAGUAUGACAAUGGGGUACUUUUUCCACCACUGGAUGCUCUAGAGGUGGACUGAUAACAUGAUACACUAGGUAUCGAUAGAUAUAGAUUAGAUAAAUAUUAUUUUAUACCCAGGUAUGGAACUAUGUUUUGCUUUAAAAAGUACAUUAAAUGAUGGGAGUGUAUAUCAUCAAAUCACAUCAAAUCAAAUGUUAUUGGUCACAUACACACGUUUAGCAGAUGUUAUUGCGGGUGUAGCGAAAUGCUUGUGUUUCUAGCUCCGACAGUGCAGUUAUAUCUAACAAGUAAUAUCUAACAAUUUCACAACAUAUACCCAAUACACACAAAUCUAAGUAAAGCAAUGGAAUUAAGAAUAUAUAAAUAAAUAUAUGGACGAGCAAUGACAGAGCGGCAUAGACUAAGAUUUUAAUUUUUAUUUUAUUUCACCUUUAUUUAACCAGGUAAGCCAGUUGAGAACAGGUUCUCAUUUACAACUGCGACCUGGCCAAGAUAAAGCAAAGUAGUGCAAUAAAAACAACAGAGUUACAUAUGGGGUAAAAAAAAAACAUAAAGUCAGAAAUACAACAGAAAAUAUAUAUACCGUGUGUGCAAAUGUAGCAAGUUAUGGAGGUAAGGCAAUAAAUAGGCUAUAGUGCAGAAUAAUUACAAUAGUAUUAACACUGGAAUGCUAGAUGUGCAAGAGAUUAUGUGCAAAUAGAGAUACUGGGGUGCUAAAGAGCAAAAUAAAUAACAAUAUAGGGAUGAGGUAGUUGGGUGGGCUAAUUUCGGAUGGGCUGUGUACAGGUGCAGUGAUCGGUAAGGUGCUCUGACAACUGAUGCUUAAAGUUAUUGAGGGAGAUAAGAGUCUCCAGCUUCAGAGAUUUUUGCAAUUCGUUCCAGUCAUUGGCAGCAGAGAACUGGAAGGAAUGGCGGCCAAAGGAGGUGUUGGCUUUGGGAAUGACCAGUGAGAUAUACCUGCUGGAGCGCAGACUACGGGUGGGUGCUGCUAUGGUGACCAAUGAGCUAAGAUAAGGCGGGGAUUUGCCUAGCAGUGAUUUAUAGAUGGCCUGGAGCCAGUGGGUUUGACGACGAACAUGUAGUGAGGACCAGCCAACAAGAGCGUACAGGUCACAGUGGUGGGUAGUGUAUGGGGCUUUGGAGACAAAACGGAUGGCACUGUGAUAGACUACAUCCAAUUUGCUGAGUAGAGAGGCUAUUUUGUAAAUUACAUCGCCGAAGUCAAGGAUCGGUAGGAUAGUCAGUUUUACGAGGGCAUGUUUGGCAGCAUGAGUGAAGGAGGCUUUAUUGCGAAAUAGGAAGCCGAUUCUAGAUUUAACUUUGGAUUGGAGAUUCUUUAUGUGAGUCUGGAAGUUGAGUUUACAGUCUAACCAGACACCUAGGUAUUUGUAGUUGUCCACAUACUCUAGGUCAGACCCGUCGAGAGUGGUGAUUCUAGUCGGGUGGGCGGGUGCCAGCAGCGUUCGAUUGAAAGAUACAGUAGAAUAUUAUACAAUACAGUAUACACAUAUGAGAUGAGUAAUGCAAGAUAUGUAAACAUUAUUAAAGUAACUAGUGUUCAAUUUAUUAAAGUGGCCAGCAAUUUCUAAUCUAUGUAUAUAGAGAGCAGCCUCUAAUGUGCUAGUGAAGGCUAUUUAACAGUCUGAUGUCCUUGAGAUAGAAGCUGUUUUUCAGUCUCUCAUCCCAUUUCAGUUUGUCGGUGAUGUGUAUGCCGAUGAACUUGAAGCUUUCCACCUUCUCCACUGUGGUCCCGUCGAUGUGGAUAGGGUGGUACUCCCUCUGAAUGUUCCUGAAGUCCACGAUCAUCUCCUUUGUUUUGUUGAUGUUGAGUGAGAGGUUAUUUUCCUGGCACCACACUCCCACAGCCCUCACCUCCUCCCUGUAGGCUGACUCGUCAUUGUUGGUAAUCAAGCCUACUACUGUUAUGUCGUCUGCAAACUUGAUGAUUGAGUUGGAGGCGUGCUUGGCCACGCAGUCAUGGGUGAACAGGGAGUACAGAAGGGGGCUGAGCACACACCCUUGUGGGGCCCCAGUGUUGAGGAUCAGCGAAGUGGAGGUGUUGUUUCCUACCUUCACCACCUGCGGGGGGCCCAUUAUGAAGUCCAGGACCCAGUUGCACAGGGCGGCGUUCAGACCCAGGGCCUCGACCUUAAUGAUGAGCUUGGUGUUGAAUGCUGAGCUAUAGUCAAUGAACAGCAUUCUUACAUACAGUGAGGGAAAAAAGUAUUUGAUCCCCUGCUGAUUUUGUACAUUUGCCUACUGACAAAGAAAUGAUCAGUCUAUAAUUUUAAUGGUAGGUUUAUUUGAACAGUGAGAGACAGAACAACAACAAGUAUUUGACCCCCUCUCAAUCAGAAAGAUUUCUGGCUCCCAGGUGUCUUUUAUACAGGUAAUGAGCUGAGAUUAGGAGCACACUCUUAAAGGGAGUGCUCCUAAUCUCAGUUUGUUACCUGUAUAAAAGACACCUGUCCACAGAAGCAAUCAAUCAAUCAGAUUCCAAACUCUCCACCAUGGCCAAGACCAAAGAGCUCUCCAAGAAUGUCAGGGACAAGAUUGUAGACCUACACAAGGCUGGAAUGGUCUACAAGACCAUCGCCAAGCAGUUUAGUGAGAAGGUAAUGCGAUUAUUCGCAAAUGGAAGAAACACAAAAGAACUGUCAAUCUCCCUCGGCCUGGGGCUCCAUACAAGAUCUCACCACGUGGAGUUGCAAUGAUCAUGAGAACGGUGAGGAAUCAGCCCAGAACUACACGGGAGGAUCUUGUCAAUGAUCUCAAGGCAGCUGGGACCAUAGUCACCAAGAAAACAAUUGUUAACACACUACGCCGUGAAGGACUGAAAUCCUGCAGCGCCUGCAAGGUCCCCCUGCUCAAGAAAGCACAUAUACAGGCCCGUCUGAAGUUUGCCAAUGAACAUCUGAAUGAUUCAGAGGAGAACUGGGUGAAAGUGUUGUGGUCAGAUGAGACCAAAAUCGAGCUCUUGGCAUCAACUCAACUGGCCGUGUUUGGAGGAGGAGAAAUGCUGCCUAUGACCCCAAGAACACCAUCCCCACCAUGUAGGUGGAAACAUUUUGGGGGUUUUUCUGCUAAGGGGACAGGACAACUUCACUGCAUCAAAGGGACGAUGGACGGGGCCAUAUACCGUCAAAUCUUGGGUGAGAACCUCCUUCCCUCAGCCAGGGCAUUGAAAAGGGGUCGUGGAUGGGUAUUCCAGCAUGACAAUGACCCAAAACACACGGCCAAGGCAACAAAGGAGUGGCUCAAGAAGAAGCACAUUAAGGUCCUGGAGUGGCCUAGCCAGUCUCCAGACCUUAAUCCCAUAGAAAAUCUGUGGAGGGAGCUGAAGGUUCGAGUUACGAACACAUUGCACUAAGUUUUAUAGACUUGACACUUUGCCAAAGUUUUAAAAAAUUGCAUUGUUUAAAAGGAGUGCAAGGUCGAAUUGAGUUUGUGCACACGCGCACAUUACAGAAGAGGCGUUCCCUAACGGAAAUAUGCAAAUACAUGCUACAACGCGCAAAUACGAUCUAGCUAACUCGUGCUUUGCUUUGUCCACUUCCUUGCUUGUUCUGCCCACUAUGCUUCAUUUGCUCCAACUGUAAAUGACCCAGAUAUACUAUCUUGGGUUAGUUAUAAAUAUACAUAUCUUUGGUACCUUGUACCGAGUCAAUGUGCAGGGGUACGAGGUAGUUGAGGUAUUAUGUGGAGUAGCAACAGCGUGUGUGGAAAGUGUGAAAGUGUGUGUGUGUGUGCGUGCGUGUGGCGUCAAUUUGCAUGUGUGUGUGAGCCAGUGGCGGUUGGUGCCGUUUAAGAUGAGGGAGGAUGGUAAAAAAAUGUAUGAGCAUGGCCUUAUUUCUCUUACAGCAUAUUGGAUGACUGUCAUUUAUAUUCCAUUCACCCAGCUCAAUGUAACAUCGAUAGGCUUAGGCUACUACAUGAUACUCAAAUUUUCCCUAUACCAUCAUGAGGUUACUACAACCUAGCCUAUGAAUGAAGGUUUACAACGUAGGUGCACAGGACGAGAGAAAGAUUUGAGUAAUUAAGGUGACAGACAGUGACACAUUCAAUACCGCCUUGCACACUCUUGCCUGCAUCUAGCUGAUCUAGGGUGUAAUCAUUAGUCCAACAGUUGCAAACAGUUUCUAUUAGACAAAUUUAGGUAUGUGUAUCCCUGUUUUCUUACCGUUUGCUUCCGUUUAAGAAAUGCUUUUCAACAGAAUCGGUGGAAUGAAUACACCCCUGAUCACACGCAAACACUGUUCACCUUCAUAGCAGCCACAUACAAACAGCAUGAUCACUUUGCUCGUUGUAUAAUUCCUUCUCGCAUCUACGCGCUCUCCUCCUCUCAACUUUUCCCUUCGCUUGUGGACUUCAGUGCCCAACACACCAGCUUUCUGUGACCAGGCGCAACAACGUUUCCAAGCCAAACCUUCACAUCAAAACCGCUAACCUCUACAAACAGCCUACAUCGUUGUCACUAUAUUAGCUGACGUCAUAGUCAACAUUAGUAUAACCGCUACAAUCAUGCAGUACAGUGUACAUUCAGCAAGCAGUUACACCGGCGGGACCCGGUGGCAAUAAAUUAAUAUAACCAAUUGACUUGACUUGGACGGGUUACAGUGAUGGAUAGCCAUAGCCAGCUAGCUAACAUAGUAUCCCUCUGUUUGAGCCGGGUGUUUGAGUAGGCUAAACUAAAUUUAGUUAGCUGCAUUCGCUAGCUAAGAAAGUGAACGUGAAAAAAAAUACAAGGAAAUAUAGCUAGCUCUCUCUCUCUCUUGCUUUUCCUUAAUUUUUUUUUAUAAAUUAAAACUGUUCAACUACUGUCUUUCCCUCUCUUUGAGUCAACUACUCACCACAUUUUAUGGACUGCAGUGCUAGCUAGCUGUAGCUUAUGCGUUCAGUACUAGAUUAAUUCUCUGAUUCUUUGAUUGGGUGAACAACAUGUCAGUUCAUGCUGCAAGAGCUCUGAUAGGUUGUAGGACAUCCUCCAGAAGUUGUCAUAAUUACUGUAAAUCUAUGGAAGGGGGUGAGCCUCCUCGAUUUUGUAUUGAAGUCAAUGUACCCAGAGGAGGACGGAAACUAGCUGUCCUCCGGCUACAUCAUGGCGCUAACCUACAGAGUGCUGUUGAGGCUACUGUAGACCUUCAUUGCAAAACAGUGUGUUUUAAUAAAUGUUUUGGUGAGGGGGAGGAUAACUUUCUUAAUGUUUCACUAUUUAAAUUGUUCUGAAAUUCACUGAGGAGGAUGGUCCUCCCAUUCCUCCUCUGAGGAGCCUCCACUGGUGUGAGCGGUGUGUGUACGUGUGUGUUGGAGUGCCAGUGUAAGUAUGUGUGAAUGUGUGCAUAGAGUCAGUGCAAAUAGUCCAGGUAGCCAUUUCAUUAAUUGUUCAGCAGUCUUAUGGCUUUGGGGGUAGAAGCUGUUCAGGAGCCUUUUGGUCCCAGAAUUGGUGCUCUGGUACGUAGCAAAGUGAACAGUCUAUGGCUUGAGGGGCUGAUGUCUAUGAAAAUAAUUUUCCUCUGACACGGCCUGGUAUAAAGGGCCUGGAUGUCAGGGAACUCGGGCCCAGUGAUGUACUGGGCAGUUUGCACAAUCCUCUGUAGUGCCUUGCAAUCGAGGGCGGUUCAGUUGCCAUACCAAGCUGUGAUGCAGCCAGUCAAGAUGCUCUCAAUGGUGCAGCUGUAGAACUUUUUGAGGAUCUGAGGGGCCAUGCCAAAUCUUUUCAACCUCCUGAGGGGUAAGAGGCGUUGUCAUGCCUUCUUCACGAAUGUGCUGGUGUGAGUGGACCAUGUUAAGUCCUUAGCUCUCGACCCGCCCCACUACAGCCCUGUCGAUGUGUAUAGUGGUGUGCUUGCCCCUCCAUUUCCUGUAGUCCUCGAUCAGCUACUUGCUGACAUUGAGGGAGAGGUUGUUGUCCUGGCACCACACUGUCAAGUCUCUGACCUCCUCCCUAUAGACUGUCUCAUUGUCGUCAGUGAUCAGGCCUACCACGAGCUUGGUAAAGAGCUUAGAGGUGACUAUGGUGUUGAAUGCUGAGCUGUCACAGGGGAUUAAUGACAGAAUGUUAACAUUCUGUGAAAUCAAAAGUUGUUUUGAUUUGACUAAACCUACAUACUGUGUGAUAAUUGUACUACAUACCAUUUAGAAUGUACUGUUCAUUAAAAAUGUAUAUAACAUACUAGGCUCAUCCAUAAUGCAAAGGCAUUAUCUACUGAGCAAGUGUUGUUCCCCACCGUUCAGCCUGGUCUCAGAGCAAAACAUAUUAUAUGUAACUAAAAUCCGUGCCACUCCAUUUAGUAUGAUGCUUUACUUUAAGUUAGGUUACAUUAAAUUGGUGUAUGUAAAUCUGGGACACUGAAAUUAGUAUGAUAUGUUAUAUUUGGUAUGACAGUAGGUUACUUAAAACCUCUAAAAGUCUAAGUCGGGGGUGGGGGGAUUGUUUUAAGAUGGUCAUACCAUGGAACAUUUAGCUAUUUGAUUUGGAAAUUUAGGACCCCUUAGGUAUAGCCCGUAGGACCCCUUUAGGUAUAGCUCAUAGAAACACAUUGGAUAACACAUUCAUAAAUGGCAAAAAAGACAGUCCAAAAAUAAAUCAUAAAGAACAAGGCUUUGAAUUGUCUGUCCUAUAGAUAUAAGAAAGCUACCUCCAUACUUCCAUUCACUUGUAUGUGUUACCUUCAGACGAGUCCCAUUACACUUGUGGGGGUCGUAGAGCAAAACUGUCACGGUUUCGGCCGAGGCUGCUCCUCUUCCUUGUUCGGGCAGGCUUCGGCGGUCGUCGUCUCCGGAGUACUAGCUGCCACCGUUCUAUGUUUCAUGUUCUUUUGGUUUUGUCUGUUCAUAACACCUGUCCCUUAUUUGUGUCUUAAUUGUUCCCUUAUUUAGUUCGUGUGUUUGGGUCAGGUGUUAUGCGUGAUUGUUCAUUGUCAGCCUGCCUCUGUGAAGUUUAUAUUAUUCUCUCGUUGUGUUUUCCCGAGAGCUCGCACUGCGUGCGCUUUUCUUGUUUUGACGCACUGUGUGUUUUGUGCGUAAUUGUGUGCGCCACCCGGUUGGGUUGGCGACUCCUUGUUCUCGUUGCUUUGGGAACAUUACUAAAGAGGGUUGAAGUCAUCCUGGGUCCUGCGCUUGAUUCCUUCCACUCACCUACACACACCACUCUGACAGAAUCACGCAUCAAUCAUGGAAUCAGCAGGAGCGACCACGCCGACAGCCGAGAUGGCUGAACGUCUUCGUGGUCAGGAGGACCGCAUCAAUCAGGUCUGUCACGCCCUGGAGGGGGUGAUGAAUACUCUGCACCGAUGGGAGACCAGCGGGGUUCCCACACCUCCACGAACCGAACCAGCCCCAUCGGUCAGCCCCCCUGUCUCAUCUCCGGAACCUAGUGGGAUUCGGCUCUCGCUCCCGAGGGCGUACGACGGCUCCACUGCCGGGUGUCAAGGAUUCCUGCUGCAGGUGGAGCUCUACCUCGCCACCGUACACCCGGCGCCCUCGGGACACGAGAGCGUCUCAGCCCUCAUCUCCUGUCUCACCGGCAAGGCGUUGGAGUGGGCCAACGCCGAGUGGAGGAGAAUGGACGCCGCUACCACGAACUAUGCGGAGUUCUCCCGCCGCUUCCGUGCUGUGUUCGACCAUCCACCGGAAGGGAAGGCGGCGGGGGAACGUCUAUUCUACCUCCGACAGGGGAUGAGGAGCGCCCAGGACUUUGCCUUAGAGUUUCGGACCCUAGCGGCUGAUGCAGGGUGGAAUGAGCGGGCCCAUAUCGACCAUUUCCGCUGCAGCCUCCGGGAAGACGUCCAGCGAGAGUUGGCGUGCAGGGACACGUCGUUGACGUUCGACCAGCUGGUCGACAUGGCCAUCCGGCUGGAUACCCUGCUCGCCACCCGUGGGCGUCCCGGAAGGGGGGGUUCGCCCAUUCCACUCUCCAGCACCUCCGAGCCGAGCCCUAUGGAGCUCGGAGGUGCUGGCGCUAGGGAACGGAGGAGGAGGAGCCCGAGGGGACCCGGGCCUUGCACCAACUGUGGUCGUGGAGGGCACACCACGGCUAGGUGUUGGGGCGGGUCCUCCAGUGAGGGAGAUGGCAGGUCACGCAUUGGGGGGUCCCCCCAGGUGAGUAGGCGCCCUGCUUACCCAGAGCUUUCUGUCGUGCACCUAACCUUGCCUGUUUGUUUCCCACAGGUUGCACCUCGUUCCCAGCAUAAGGCGCUGGUAGAUUCAGGCGCAGCUGGGAAUUUUGUAGAUCGCCAGUUCUGUAUAGAGUUAGGGAUUCCCCUCCUUCCAGUGGAUAAGCCUUUCCCCGUCCAUGCCCUAGAUAGCCGUCCGUUAGGGUCUGGGUUGAUUAGGGAAGUCACAGCACCCAUUCAGAUGACGGCGCAGGAGGGUCAUGAGGAGAGAAUUCAGCUCUAUCUGAUUGACUCUCCUGCGUAUCCGGUAGUGCUGGGUCUUCCCUGGUUGAUGACUCAUGACCCUAUUAUUAGGUGGCGAGAGAAAGCUCUUAAAGGGUGGUCUGCUCAAUGUGAGGGGCGGUGUCUGGGUGUUUCCAUAGGGGCGACCUCGGUGGAGAGUCCGAAUCUAAUGCCAGCACUGCAGAUUCCCCCCGAGUAUGAGGAUUUGGCACUGGCGUUCAGUAAGACCAGGGCGGCGCAGCUGCCGCCUCAUAGACGGGGGGAUUGUGCGAUAGAUCUCCAGUCAGGAGCAGCUCUCCCGCGGAGCCAUGUGUAUCCCUUGUCUCAAGAGGAGAGAAAGGCUAUGGAGACAUACAUCUCUGAGUCUCUUAGACAGGGAUACAUACGGGCCUCCGUUUCACCCGCUUCCUCAAGUUUCUUUUUUGUGAAGAAAAAGGAUGGAGGUCUGCGCCCGUGUAUUGAUUACCGCGGUCUCAAUCAGAUCACAGUGAAGUACAGCUAUCCACUUCCUCUGAUUGCGACUAUGACGGAGUCACUGCACGGUGCGCGGUUCUUUACAAAAUUGGAUCUUAGGAGCGCAUAUAACUUGGUACGCAUUCGAGAGGGCGAUGAAUGGAAGACAGCGUUUAGCACGACUUCCGGACACUACGAGUAUCUAGUCAUGCCAUAUGGGUUGAUGAAUGCUCCCUCAGUCUUCCAAUCCUUCGUCGAUGAGAUUUUCCGGGACAUGCAGGGACAGGGAGUAGUUGUGUACAUCGACGACAUUCUGGUGUAUAGUCCUACCCGUGCUGAGCAUGUAGCCCUGGUGCGCCGAGUAUUGAGGAGGCUGUUGGAGCAUGACCUAUAUGUCAAGGCAGAGAAAUGUCUGUUUUUCCAGAAGUCGGUCUCCUUUCUGGGUUACCAGUUAUCUGCGUCAGGGGUGAAGAUGGAGGUAGACCGGGUGUCAGCUGUGCGUAAUUGGCAGAUCCCAACCACUGUGAAGGAGGUGCAACGGUUCUUGGGUUUUGCGAAUUAUUACCGGAGGUUUAUCCGGGGUUUUGGACAGGUGGCAGCUCCCAUAACGUCUCUGUUAAAGGGGGGUCCGGUGCGCUUGCGGUGGUCAGCUGAGGCGGACAGGGCAUUUGGGAGACUAAAGGACCUGUUUACCUCGGCGCCGGUGUUGGCGCAUCCGGAUCCCUCUUUACCGUUCCAAGUAGAGGUGGACGCGUCAGAAGCCGGGAUAGGGGCCGUUCUUUCCCAGCGUUCUGGCACUCCACCUAAACUCCGUCCCUGUGCGUUCUACUCUAAGAAGCUCAGUCCGGCGGAGCGGAAUUAUGACGUAGGAGACAGGGAGCUGUUAGCCGUGGUACAGGCCCUAAAGGUGUGGAGGCAUUGGCUCGAGGGGGCUCAACACCCUUUCCUCAUUCUAACUGACCAUCGUAACCUGGAGUACAUCCGGGCAGCUAGGAGACUGAAUCCUCGCCAGGCUCGCUGGACUAUGUUCCUAGCCCGGUUUGUGUUUAAGAUCACAUACAUCCCUGGGUCCCAGAACGGGAAGGCAGAUGCUCUGUCUCGGCGGUAUGACGCAGAGGAGAGGUCAGUUGAGUCCACGCCCAUACUACCGGAGUCUUGUCUGGUUGCUCCGGUGGUGUGGGAGGUUGAUGGUGAGAUCGAGCGGGCGUUACGCACCGACCCGAGUCCUCCACAGUGUCCUGUGGGUCGGACGUACGUUCCGCUCGAGGUACGCGAUCGCCUCAUUUGUUGGGCUCAUACGUCCCCCUCCUCUGGCCAUCCGGGUAUCGGCCGGACAGUGCACUGCCUUAGCACGAAGUACUGGUGGCCAACGUUAGCUAGGGAUGUGAGGAUUUAUGUCUCCUCCUGUUCGGUGUGUGCCCAGUGUAAGGCACCCAGACAUUUGCCCAGGGGUAAGUUACAACCCCUGCCUAUUCCACAACGACCCUGGUCCCACCUCUCGGUGGAUUUUGUUACCGACCUUCCCCCCUCACAGGGGAAUACUACCAUCCUGGUCGUUGUGGAUCGGUUCUCAAAGGCCUGUCGUCUCCUUCCCAUGCCGGGUCUACCCACUGCCCUACAGACCGCUGAGGCUCUGUUCACCCAUGUCUUCCGGCAUUACGGGGUACCCGAGGAUAUAGUGUCUGACCGAGGCCCCCAGUUCACCUCUAGAGUGUGGAGAGCAUUUAUGGAACGGUUGGGGGUUUCGGUAAGCCUUACCUCGGGGUACCACCCGGAGAGUAAUGGGCAGGUUGAACGUGUCAACCAGGAUGUGGGUAGGUUUCUGAGGUCAUACUGUCAGGGCCGGCCGGAGGAGUGGGCAAGAUAUGUGCCCUGGGCCGAGAUGGCACAGAACUCUCUUCGCCACUCCUCCACCCAACUAACCCCUUUUCAGUGUGUGUUAGGGUACCAGCCGGUUCUGGCACCAUGGCAUGAGAGCCAGAUCGAGGCCCCCGCUGUGGAUGAGUGGGUGCGGCGCUCGGAGGAGACGUGGGACGCUGCACACGUCCAUCUGCAGCGUGCCAUACGUCGACAGAAGACGAGCGCCGACCUACACCGCAGUGAGGGGCCAGUGUACGCACCUGGAGAUCGAGUCUGGCUCUCAACCAGAAACCUGCCCCUCCGCCUGCCCUGCCGGAAGCUGGGUCGGCGGUUUGUGGGGCCAUUUAAAGUCCUGAGGAGAUUGAACGAGGUGAGUUAUAGGUUAGAACUACCUGUUGAUUACAAAAAUAUUAACCCCUCGUUCCAUGUGUCUCUCCUCAGGCCGGUGGUAGCUGGUCCACUCCAGGACUUUGAGAUUGAGGAGACUCCUCCGCCCCCGUUGGACAUCGAGGGGGCUCCGGCGUACACCGUGAGGUCCAUCCUGGACUCGAGACGCCGGAUGGGGGGUCUUCAAUAUCUCGUGGAGUGGGAGGGGUACGGCCCGGAGGAGCGGUGCUGGGUGCCAAGGAGGGACGUAUUAGACCAGUCCCUACUGACCGAUUUCCAUCGGGGUCAUCCUGCGCGCCCUGCUCCGCGUCGUCCGGGUCGUCCCCGAGCUCCGGGUCGGCGCACGGCUGGAGCCGCGCGUCAAGGGGGGGGUACUGUCACGGUUUCGGCCGAGGCUGCUCCUCUUCCUUGUUCGGGCAGGCUUCGGCGGUCGUCGUCUCCGGAGUACUAGCUGCCACCGUUCUAUGUUUCAUGUUCUUUUGGUUUUGUCUGUUCAUAACACCUGUCCCUUAUUUGUGUCUUAAUUGUUCCCUUAUUUAGUUCGUGUGUUUGGGUCAGGUGUUAUGCGUGAUUGUUCAUUGUCAGCCUGCCUCUGUGAAGUUUAUAUUAUUCUCUCGUUGUGUUUUCCCGAGAGCUCGCACUGCGUGCGCUUUUCUUGUUUUGACGCACUGUGUGUUUUGUGCGUAAUUGUGUGCGCCACCCGGUUGGGUUGGCGACUCCUUGUUCUCGUUGCUUUGGGAACAUUACUAAAGACGGUUGAAGUCAUCCUGGGUCCUGCGCUUGAUUCCUUCCACUCACCUACACACACCACUCUGACAAAAACAGAGAACACCAUCAUGUUCAUGAGAGUCUCCCCUUUCCACAGCAGCAUAUUAGUUUGUAGGCCAAACUGUCAGGGUGGAUAGGUAGCCAUAUAACGCAAACGUCUAGGUUGCGUGUUCAAAUCUCAUCAUUAACAGUUUUAGCUAAUUAGCAACUUUGCAACUUCUUACUACUUUUUAGCUACUACUUAGCAUGUUAGCUAACCCUUCCCCUAACCCUAACCAUUUAACCCUAACCUUAACCCUAACCUUAACCCUUAAGUUAACCCCUAACCUAAUGUAGCAUAUCAUACUAAAGCAGUCAAACGUAAUAUUUGUAUUUGUAUUUAUUAUGGAUCCUCAUUAGGGAUGUCAAGGCAGCAGCUACUCUUCCUGGGGUCCAGCAAAAUUAAGGCAGUUAUAUAAAAUUUUAAAAACAUUACAAUACAUUUCACAACACACUAAGUGUGUGCCUUCGGGCCAUUACUCUACUACUACAUAUAUACAACACGAAAUCCAUGUGUAAUUGUGUGUAUAGUGCGUAUGUUAUCAUGUGUGUGUAUUCGUGUGUCUGUGCCUGUGUGUGUAUCUCUUCACAGUCCCUGCUGUUCCAUAAGGUGUAUUUUUUAUCUGUUUUUAAAUCUGAUUUUACUGCUAGCAUGAGUUACUUGAUGUGGAAUAGAGUUCCAUAUAGUCAUGGCUCUAUGUAGUAUUGGAAUUGGGGACUGUGAAGAGACCUCUGGUGGCAUGUCUUGUGGGGUAUGCAUGGGUGACUGAGCUUUGUGUUAGUAGUUUAAACAGACAGCUCGGUGCAUUCAACAUGUCAAUACUUCUCACAAACAAAUAGUGAUGAAGUCAAUCUCUCCUCUACUUUGAGCAAGGAUAGAUUGAUAUUAAUGUUAGCUCUCUGUGUACAUUUAAGGGCCACCCGUGCUGCCCUGUUCUGGGCCAAUUGUAAUUCUCCUAAGUCCUUCUUUAUGGCACCUGACCACACGAUUGGACAGUAGUCCAGGUGCUACAAAACAAGGGCCUGUAGGACCUGCCUUGUUGAUAGCAUUGUUAAGAAGGCAGAGCAUCUGAUUAUUACAGGUCCCCUAUCUUAGCUACUGUUGCAUCAAUAUGUUUUGAUCAUGAACGUUUACAAUCCAUGGUUACUCCAAGUAGUUUAGUCUCCUCAACAUGCUCAAUUUCCACAUUAUUCAUGACAAGAUUUACAUAGCUGAGGUUUAGUGAAUGAUUUGCCCCAAAUACAAUGCUUUUAGUUUUUGAAAUAUUUAGGACUAACCUAUUUCUUGCCACCCAUUCUGAAACUGACUGCAGCUCUUUGUUAAGUGUUGCUGUGAUUUCACUUGCUGUGGUAGCUGACAUGUAUAGUGUUGAGUCAUCAGUGGUGUAAAGUACUUAAGUAGAAAUACUUUGAAGUACUACUUAAGUAGUAUUUUGGGGUAUCUGUACUUUACUAUUUAUAUUUUUGACAACUUUAGAUUUUACUUCACUACAUUCCUAAAGAAAGUUAUAUACUUUUUACUCCAUACAUUUUCCCUGACACCCAAAAGUACUCGUUACAUUUUGAAUGCUUAGCAUGACAGCAAUGGUCCAAUUCACGCACUUAUCAAGAGAACAUCCUGUCACACCCUGGCUCGGGGACUCAUUAUGUUGAGCCAGGGUGUGUUCAUUCUAUGUUUUCUGUUUCUUUGGUGGGUGUUCUAGGUGGUUUAUUUUCUAUGUUUGCCGGUGUGACUCCCAAUCAGAGGCAAACGAGUGUCAGCUGUCGGCUGUUUGUCUCUGAUUGGGAGCCAUAUUUAAUCUAUCUGUUUUUCUUUCGGGUUGUGGGAUUUUGUUCGUGUGUGUUCGUGUUGUACACUGGACGUCACGCUUUCGUUGUUUAUUGUUUUUGUUCUUGUGAGCAUUUAAUAAAUAUAAUAUGUUCACUCGCAACGCUGCGCCUUGGUCUCCUGUUCUAGACGAUCGUGACAGAAAAUCCCACCAGUACCAGACCAAGCAGCGUGAGGAGGAGAAAGGAAGGACCUGGGAUCAGGGGAGUAGGAGUUUCGGCUGGGCCACGCUAAGUGAAGAGGAGAGAGGCUGGUCUAUGAAGCAAUGGAUCGAGAGUCUGGCGAGAGCUAGGGAGGCCUGGUCCACGGGGAGGAGAGAACCCCAGAAAAUUUUUAGGGGGGGGCUCACGACGUGGACGACGGGGCAGCAGGAGGCCGCGAUGGAGCGGUCCAGCGGGUGUGAAGAGGAGGCCGCCAGGUUAAGGGGGCCACUGGUCACAGAGGAGAGGGAAAGUGUGGAGGCACGCCGAGUACUGGGGUGUGUUACCAGUCCGGUCCGGCCCGUUCCUGAUCCCUGCGUAGGGCCAGUGGUGUGUGUCCCCAGUACGGUCCGGCCUGUUCCUGUUCCUCGCAUCGAGCCUGUGGUGCGUGUCGUCAGCCCGGCCCGGCCUGUUCCUGCUUCCCGCAUCGAGUCUGUGGUGCGCGUCGCCAGCCCGGCCCGGCCUGUUCCUUCUCCCCGCACCAAGUCUGUGGUGCGCGUCGCCAGCCCGGCCCGGCCUGUUCCUUCUCCCCGCACCAAGUCUGUGGUGCGCGUCGCCAGCCCGGCCCGGCCCGUUCCUUCUCCCCGCACCAAGUCUGUGGUGUGCGUCGUCAGUCCGGCACGGCCCGUGCCUGUUCCCCGCACCAGGUCAGGGGUGCGCUUCGACGGCCCGGCUCGGCCCGCUCCUGCUUCCCACACCAAGCCAGUGGUGUGCGUCGUCAGUCCGGCACGGCCCGUGCCUGUUCCCCGCACCAGGUCGGGAGUGCGCUUUGACGGCCCGGCUCGGCCCGCUCCUGCUCCCCACACCAAGCCUGUGGUGCGUUUCGUCAGCCCUGUUCGGCUCGUUCCUGCUCUCCGCACCAAGUCUGUGGUGCGCGUCGCCAGCCCAUUCCGGUCCAUUCCUGCUCCACGCACCAAGCCAGGGGUGUGUAUCGUCAGCCCGGUCCGUUCCUGUUCCACGCACCAAGCCAGGGGCGCGUGUCGUCAGUCCGGCUCCGGCCAGUGGGGCUAGACAGGACCAGGGGUACUUUGGGGGGUUGGAGAGGAAGUGGGGAUCAAGCCCGGAGCCGGAGCCGCCGCCGAGGAGGAAUGCCCACCCAGCCCUCCCCCUGUUUUUGCUCGUAUUUAGGCGCGGUCGCAGUCCGCGCCUUUAGGGGGGGGUACUGUCACACCCUGGCUCGGGGACUCAUUAUGUUGAGCCAGGGUGUGUUCAUUCUAUGUUUUCUGUUUCUUUGGUGGGUGUUCUAGGUGGUUUAUUUUUUAUGUUUGCCGGUGUGACUCCCAAUCAGAGGCAAACGAGUGUCAGCUGUCGGCUGUUUGUCUCUGAUUGGGAGCCAUAUUUAAUCUAUCUGUUUUUCUUUCGGGUUGUGGGAUUUUGUUCGUGUGUGUUCGUGUUGUACACUGGACGUCACGCUUUCGUUGUUUAUUGUUUUUGUUCUUGUGAGCAUUUAAUAAAUAUAAUAUGUUCACUCGCAACGCUGCGCCUUGGUCUCCUGUUCUAGACGAUCGUGACACAUCCCUGGUCAUCUCUACUGCCUCUGAUCUGGCGAACUCACUAAACACAAAUGCUUUGUUUCUAAAUGAUGUCUGUGUUGGAGUGUGCCCCUGGCUAUCCAUAAAUAAAUAAAAACACAAACAAUUGUGCCUUCUGGUUUGCUAAAUAUAAGGAAUUUGAAAUGAUUUAUAUUUUUUUAUUUUUGAAAUUAUUAUUUAAAACUCAAGUUGUAUUUUACUGGGUGACUUUCACUUUUAAUUGAGUCAUUUCCUAUUAAGGUAUCUUUACUUUUACUCAAGUAUGACAAUUGGAUACUUUUUCCACCACUGUGAGUCAUCAGCAUACAUAGACACACAGGCUUUACUCAGAGCCAGUGGCCGGUCAUUAAUAAAGAUUUAAAAAAGUAAGGGGCCUAGACAGCCGCCCUAGGGAAUGCCUGACUCUACCUGGAUUAUGUUGGAGAGGCUUCCAUUAAAGAAGACCCUCUGUGUUCUGUUAGACAGGUAACUCUUUAUCCACAAUACAGCAAGGAGUGUAAAGCCAUAACACAUACGUUUUUCCAUCAGCAGACUAUGAUCAAUAAUGUCAAAAGCUGCACUGAAGUCUAACAUAACAGCUCCCGCAAUCUUUUUAUUAUCCGUUCUUAUAAGCUUCCAAUCAUCAGUAAUUUGUGUAAGUGCCGUACAUGUUGAAUGCCCUUCCCUAUAAGCGUGCUGAAAAUCUGUUAAUUUGUUUACUGUGAAAUAGCAUUGUAUCUGGUCAAACACCAUUUUCCCCAAAAAUGUACUAAGGGUUUGUAACAUGCUAUUUGAGCCACUGAAGGGGGCUUUACUAUUUUUAGGUAGUGAAAUGACUUUUGCUUCCCUCCAAGCAUGGGGGCACACACAUUCUAGUAGGCUUAAAUUGAAAAUAUGGCAAAUAGGAGUGGCAAUAUCGUCCGCUAUUAUCCUCAGUAAUUUUCCAUCCAAGUUGUCAGACCCCGGUGGCUUGUCAUUGUUGAUAGACAACAAUAAUUUUUUCACCUCUUCCACACACUUUACGGAAUUCAAAAUUACAAUGCUUGUCUUUCAUAAUUUGGUCAGAUAUACUUGGAUGUGUAGUGUCAGCAAUUGUUGCUGGCAUGUCAUGCCUAAGUUUGCUAAUCUUGCCAAUGAAAAAAUCAUUAAAGUAGUUGGCAAUAUCAGUUGGUUUUGUGAUGAAUGAGCCAUCUGAUUCAGUGAAUGAUGGAGCUGAAUUUGCCUUUUUUCCCAAAAUUUAAUUUAAGGUGCUCCAAAGCUUUUUACUAUAAUUCUUUGUCAUUUAUCUUUGUUUUAUGUGACAACUAUUAUUGUUAUUUAUGAUUAUGUUACAACUUUAUAUAUUUUAUUUAAUGUUCUGUACACUGUAAAGUGCAGAUGUGUUCAGUAUGUCUGAUGCUGAUCUGUGUGUGUGUGUGUUUCAGAUGCUGGGUUGCGGUUAUGUGCUUCUUUCUUGUCUCCUGACGGUGACUCAGUUCCACAGCAGCGUAGACAGUCUUCGCCUCACCCAGGAGAGCCCAGAGGUGAGAUCAGGAUACAGUGUGUGUGUGUGUGUGUGUGUGUGUGUGUGUGUGUGUGUGUGUGUGUUAUAUGGGUUCACCUGGUCACAUAUGAGUUCCAUGUAUCAGUAACUAUAACCAGGGUCAGGAGUUUUUUCCAACCAAGUGACCUGACCAGGAACAACCCCUGACCCUGAACAUAAUAAUAUAAUAGUACUAUAAAACACUCCUAGCGCCUUUUUGGUCUAGUUUUGGGUUCAAAUUGUUUUAAGCUGUGCUAACCUAAGUCCACUGGCAUGCAAGCUUAAGCAAACACUCAAGGUAUUUGAAAGACAGCAAAUCCUAUUGGAACCCAGGUGUGGUCUGCUCCUUGUUCCCACCCCAGGAUCGUAAACUGGGUGAGGGGAGGAGCACAGAGAGGAGAGUGACUGAGUGAGUGAUUGAGUGAGGUCACUCAUGCACGCAGAGUGAGGGAGGUCCAGGCAGCAGAGUUGGGGAAGGUAUCUGCCCGGCCACGGCCGGUGGUGGCGGUGUUUAUUCUGGCUCUCCUCGGGACGGUCGGAAACAUUUUGUCUCCUUGAUCUGAUUAUGUGGAACGAAAUGGCGAGAUGACGGCCUGUCAUCCCCUCUGUGGCGCUGCCUGGGAUGAGCUAUAAAUACCACCCGGCACUGUUCCCAGGGGAGGCAGAAACAACAGCCACAUAAAGAGACGGAAGACACAGGCACAUUCUGUCUGUCUGUCUAUAUGUCUGUCUGCCUGCUUAGCUAUCUGUCUGUCAGCAUGUUUGCAGAUACUAUAGACUUACAGUCAUUGCGCUAAUGCUAGUUAGCAACUUCCUUCAAACUGCACGCAGAGACAUAAAAAUGGUAUCCACAAGUUCAUCUGACUCUGGGGAAGUAGAUAAAGGGCCAAAAUCCUGAAGUAUCCCUUUAAGUACAAAAUGUUUCUGCUACCAUCUCUUAUGACCGAAGAUAGCUUCUGGAUAUCAGAACAGCGAUUACUCACCUCAAACUGGACAAAGAUGUUUUAUUUAAUGAGUCUGAUGCAAAGGAUAUACUGUUGCUUCCGGACCAGGCCCAAAUCCCUGUCAUUCGCAUGAAGAAAAGACGGAGAUACAGGGGGCGCAGAUCCGGGUGCCUUGUGAGAAUUAGUCGGCGAGUGGGUAACCCGCCUCUACCAUCCAUUCUAUUGGCCAACGUGCAAUCACUGGAGAAUAAACUGGAUGAGCUCCGUUCGAGACUAUCCUACCAACAGGACAUUAAAAACUGUACACGGAUAAUAUACAGUUGGCUGGGUCUUCCGUGCAUCAGCAAGACAGCGAACACCGGUAAGAAGAGGGGUGGUGGUGUGUGUCUAUUUGCCAAAAACAACUGGUGCGAUGUCUAAUAUUAAGGAAGUCUCGAGGUAUUGCUUGCCUGAAGUAGAGUACAUCAUGAUAAGCUGUAGACCACACUACCUACCAAGAGAGUUUUGAUCUAUAUUUUUUGUAGCUGUCUAUUUACCACCACAAACCGAUGCUGGCACUAAGACCACACUCAACGAGCUGUAUAAUGCCAGAAGCAAACAGGAAAAUGCUCAUCAAGAAGAGGUGCUCCUAGUGGCCGGGGACUUUAAUGCAGGCAAACUUAAAUCUGUUUUAACUAAUUUCUACCAGCAUGCCACAUGUGCAACCAGAGGAAAAAAACACUAGACCACCUUUACUCCACACACAGAGACACGUACAAAGCUCUCCGCGCCCUCCAUUUGACAAAUCUGACCAUAAUUAUAUCCUCCUCAUUCAUUUUUAAAAGCAAAAACUGAAGCAGGAAGUACCAGUGACUCGCUCAAUACGGAAGUGGUCAGAUGACGCGGAUGCUACGCUACAGGACUGUUUUGCUAGCACAGACUGGAAUAUGUUCCGGGAUUCAUCCAAUGGCAUUGAGGAGUAUACCACCUCAGUCACCAGCUUCAUCAAUAAGUGCAUCGACGACGUCGUGCCCACAGUGACCAUACGUACAUACCUCAACCAGAAGCCAUAGAUUACAGGCAACAUCCGCACCGAGCUAAAGGCUAGAGCUUCCGCUUUCAAGGAGUGGGACACUAAUCCGGAAGCUUAUAAGAAAUCGCGCUAUGCCCUCAGACGUACCAUCAAACAGGCAAAGCGUCAAUACAGGACCAAGAUUGAAUCCUACUAUACCGUCUCUGACGAUCGUCGGAUGUGGCAGGGCUUGCAAACGAUUACGGACUACAAAGGGAAACCCUGCCGUAAGCUUCCCAGUGACGCGAGCCUACCAGACGGGCUAAAUGCCUUUUAUGCUCGCUUCGAGGAAAGCAACACUGAGGCAUGCAUGAGAGCACCAGUUGUUCCGGACGACUGUGUGAUCACGCUCUCCGUAGCCGAUGUGAGUAAGACCUUUAAACAGGUCAACAUCCACAAGGCCGCGGGGCCAAACGGAUUACCAGGACGUGUACUCAGAGUAUGCGCGGCCCAACUGGCAAGUGUUUUCACUGAAAUGUUCAACCUCUACCAUAGUCCCUGUGCGCAAGAAUGCGAAGCUAACCUGCCUAAAUGACUACCGCCCCGUACCACUCACGUCGGUAGCCAUGAAGUGCUUUGAAAGGCUGGUCAUGGCUCACAUCAACACCAUCACCCCGGAAACCCUAGACCCACUCCAAUUCGCACACUGUCCCAACAGAUCCACAGAUUAUGCAAUCUCUAUUGCACUCCACACUGCCCUUUCCCACCUGGACAAAAGGAACACCUAUGUGAGAAUGCUAUUCAUUGACUACAGCUCAGCGUUCAACACCAUAGUGCCCACAAUGCUCAUCACUAAGCUAAGGACCCUGGGACUAAAAACCUCCCUCUUCAACUGGAUCCUGGACUUCCUGACGGGCCGCCUCCAGGUGGUAAGGGUAGGCAACAACACAUCUGCCACGCUGAUCCUCAACACGGGGGCCCCUCAGGGGUGCGUGCUUAGUCCCCUCCAGUACUCCCUGUUCACCCAUGACUGCGUGGCCAAGCACGACUCCAACACCAUCAUUAAGUUUGCUGACGACACAACGGUGGUAGGCCUGAUCACCGACAACGAUGAGACAUCCUAUAGGGAGGAGUUCAGAGACCUGGCAGUGUGGUGCCAGGACAACAAGACAAAGGAGCUGAUCGUGGACUACAGGAAAAGGAGGGCAGAACAUGCCCCCAUUAACAUCGACAGGGGUGUAAGUGGAGCGGGUCGAGAGCUUCAAGUUCCUUGGUGUCCACAUCACCAACAAACUUCAGUCUCCUGAGGGGGAAUAUGUGUUGUCGUGCCCUCCUCACGACUGUCUUGGUGUGUUUGGACCAUGAUAAAGAUCUGGCAUGGGUCCCCAGAUCCUCAAAAUGUUCUACAGCUGCACCAUCGAGAUCAUCCUGACCGGUUGCAUCACCGCCUGGGAUGGCAACUGCUCGGCAUCCGACCAUAAGGUGCUACCGAGGGUAGUGUGUAAGGCCCAAUACAUCACUGGGGCCAAGCUUCCUGCCAUCCAGGACCUCUAUACUAGCCGGUGUCAGAGGAAGGCCCAAAAAAUUGUCAGAGACUCCAGUCACCCAAGUCAUAGCCUGUUCUCUCUGCUAUCGCAUGGCAAGCGGUUUCCGGAGUGCCAAGUCCAGGUCCAAAAGGCUCCUUAACAGCUUCCACCCCCAAGCCAUAAGACUGCUAAACAAUUAAUAAAAUGGCCACCCGGACUAUUUGCAAAGCCCCCCCCCCCCCCCAACCCACCCCACCCCCCCCAUUGUUUUUACACUGCUGCUACUCGCUAUUUAUUAUCAAUGCAUUGUCACUUUACCCUUACUUAUAUGUACAAAUUACCUAAAUUACCUCGACUAACCUGUACCCCUGCACAUUUACUCGAUACUGGUACCCUCUGUAUAUAGCCUCGUUAUUGUUAUUUUAUUGUGUUACUUUUUUAAACUUUAGUUUAUUUAGUAAAUAUUUUCUUAACUCUAUUUUCAUAAAACUGCAUUGUUGGUUAAGAGCUUGUAAGCAUUUAACGGUAAGGUCUACACCUGUUGUAUUCGGCGCAUGUGACAAAUACAAUAUUAUUUUAUUUUAUUUUAUUUGAGUAUACCACAACGCAAAUGUUUUGUGUGGCAGCUAAUGCUAUUGAGAGCAUUAUCUUGGCUAACCAUCCACUUUGACCUUGUGGUAGAAGUUCCUUUAUACCUCACUAUGUUCUCCCAUAGUUUACUUCCAACCCAGUGUUAGAAGUUCCUAUUGACUUUCUGUGUUUUUCCCAUUGUUGUUGUUGUUGUAGUACCUGGACCGGGUGGUUCUAGAGGAGUCAGGCCUGCAGGCCAGGUCCAGUGAGCAAAAGGCAGCAGGGGAUUUGACAGCCAAGUUGCUACUCCUUGACCACCUGGACCGCCGGGAGAACGACGUCAUUGAGACCAAGACGAAGAGGAGCUUCCCAGGGUCCAAUACUCCACUAGACCGCCUCUCCAUCAGCACCAUGGACCCUAAGGGCUCCAAGCAGAGGUAGGUACCAACCACAUAGAGCGAGAUACUUUACUUUCAAUGCAACUUAUAGAGACAUCAUCAGUAAAGCACAUCCGUACUCCCCCUAACGCACACACAUGUACAGACAUUAACACAAAUACUUAUUGGGGAAGUUUCCCAGGACACAGAAUAUUAAUGGGGCAUUCACAUGCUUGUGGGAAGUUGGAAACUGGGAAGAUUGAAGUCAUGAUUGUGUUCAAAAAGUCACAGCGCGGCAACUCGGGUAACAACAUUUUCUCGGAGUUUCCCACCUGUAAUUAUGACUUGGUGGGUCGUUCAAGUGAAACUUUACAUUCAGAACUAAAAACCUCUGAUAACUCUGAUAGCAUGUGAAAGCUUCAUUAGACUAAUCCUGGAAAGCAUUUUCAAUGGAGAUUCUCCAUUGAGCUUGCCUUUUAGUCAAGGGCUAGGCUUAAUCUGUGUCUAGGAAACUGCCCCUUGACUGCUACAGUGCCUUGCAAAAGUAUUCAUCCCCCUUGGCGUUUUUCCUAUUUUGUUGCAUUACAACCUGUAAUUUAAAAUUGGUGAAGUUAAAUCAAAAAAAUUACUUGUUUCAAAAAAGUCUAAAAAAUAAAUAACAGAAAAGUGGUGCGUGCAUAUGUAUUCACCCCCUUUGCUAUGAAGCCCCUAAAUAAGAUCUGGUGCAACCAAUGACCUCCAGAAGUCACAUAAUUAGUUAAAUAAAGUCAUAUAAUCUGUCACAUGAUCUCAGUAUAUACACACACCUGUUCUGAUAGGCCCCAGAGUCUGCAACACCACUAAGCAAGGGGCAUCACCAAGCAAGCCGCACCAUGAAAACAAAGGAGCUAUCCAAACAGGUCAGGGACAAAGUUGUGGAGAAGUACAGAUCAGGGUUGGGUUAUAAAAAAAUAUCCGAAACUUUGAACAUCCCACGGAGCAUCAUUAAACCCAUUAUAAAAAAUUGGAAAUAAUAUGGCACCGCAACAAACCUGCCAAGAGAGGGCCGCCCACCAAAACUCACGGACCAGGCAAGGAGGGCAUUAAUCAGAGAGGCAACAAAGAGACCAAAGAUAACCCUGAAGGAGCUGCAAAGAUCCACAGCGGAGAUUGGAGUAUCUGUCCAUAGCACCACUUUAAGCCAUACACUCCACAGAGCUGGGCUUUAAGGAAGAGUGGGCAGAAAAAAAGCCAUUGCUUAAAGAAAAAAAUAAGCAAACACGUUUGGUGUUUGCCAAAAGGCAUGUGGGAGAAUCCCCAAACAUAUGGAAGAAGGUACUCUGGUCAGAUUAGACUAAAAUUGAGCUUUUUGGCCAUCAAGGAAAACGCUAUGUCUGGCGCAAACCCAACACCUCUCAUCACCCCGAGAACACCAUCCCCACAGUGAAGCAUGGUGGUGGCAGCAUCAUGCUUUGGGGAUGUUUUUCAUCAGCAGGGACUGGGAAACUGGUCAGAAUUGAAGGAAUGAUGGAUGGCGCUAAAUACAGGGAAAUUCUUGAGGGAAACCUGUUUCAGUCUUCCAGAGAUUUGAGACUGUGAGGAGGUUCACCUUCCAGCAGGACAAUGACCCUAAGGAUACUGCUAAAGCAACACUCGAGUGGUUUAAGGGGAAACAUUGAAAUGUCUUGGAAUGGCCUAGUCAAAGCCCAGACCUCAAUCCAAUUGAGAAUCUGUGGUAUGACUUAAAGAUUGCUGUACACCAGCGGAACCCAUCCAACUUGAAGGAGCUGGAGCAGUUUUGCCUUGAAGAAUGGGCAAAAAUCCCAGUGGCUAGAUGUGCCAAGCUUAUAGAGACAUACCCCAAGAUACUUGCAUCUGUAAUUGCUGCAAAAGGUAGCUCUACAAAGUAUUGUCUUUGGGGGAAGUGAAUAGUUAUGCACGCUCAUGUUUUCUGUUUUUUUGUCUUAUUUCUUGUUUGUUUCACAAUAAAACAUAUUUUGCAUCUUCGAAGUGGUAGGCAUGUUGUGUAAAUGAAAUGAUAUAAACCCCCCAAAAAUCCAUUUUAAUUCCAGGUUGUAAGGCAACAAAGUAGGAAAAAUGUCAAGGGGGGUGAAAACUUUCGCAAGCCACUGUAUGAAUGAUAAUGCCUUCCUAUUGUGGAGUUUUUGUAAAAUACUGAGUGUGCAACAGACAGGUUGACAUUCAUAUUGUUUUUAUCUAUCUGAAUCAACUUUAAGCGAAUUACAUCAUCAGGUCAGCCCGUCCACAGUGGCCCAAAGUCUCUUUAGCAAGAUGCAGAAAUAAAACAUUAAAGAACAGUUAAUUGUCUUGGCUCUCUCUGCUGUAUGACACAACUGUUAGAAGGCCUGUUUUUCCUAAAUGAGGAAAUACAUACUGUAUACACGUCUUCUCUCUCUUACUUAUUACUUAACAUUACAUCUAUCAUAUUUUAUCAUUCUAUCGUAUCCCAAACACUGGCCUUUUUGAUUGGCUGAGUGUCAAAACCCUGUCCGCUUUAAUUGGCUGUAGCUUACACACAGGCAGCUUUGAUUGGUUGAAGAUCAAAGGACAUCGUGGGAUAAAGUCUUUGCUGUUUCUUCUGAGCGAAUGAACGGUGUGAGAUAUAGUGCCAAGUCACGAUGAAUUAUCAGAGCUACACCGCGAAAUCAAUCAUGCAUUUAAAAUAAGGUUUGAUUUGAUUUGUAUGGACUUGGUGCCUUAGUCCUAGCUGUACUGAUGAGAAAUGUUGAGACCUGUGAAGGUUUACCUAAUGGACAUUUACAAAUAAAACAUUUGUUGAAAAUGCAGAUAUUGUAUUAGUGAGUUCCAGUUUAUUUGACAUUUCACUAUGACAUGAACAUGAAGGUGUUAUAAGACCUACCAUCAGGUGCUCAUGUCAGAUAACUACCAUCAUAACAGAGGUAGCGGUUUGCAUUAUGACUGUACUGAUAUAACACCCCUGGGCAUGGUAGACUAAAUGGCAUAGUGAAACAACACUGUCAUAUGCAUUUCAUAGUGACGUAUUAAAUUAAAAUUAGAAAAAUUAUUCAAAUUAGAUUGAGGAUAUAUUGAAAUCAUGUUCUAAAUGGAAAAUUAAUAUGGGAAAUAUCCACUAAGAUUAGACUGUUACAGUUAGAGCCAGUUUCCCAGACACAGAUUAAGCUUAGUCCAGGACUAAAAAGCAUUCUCAAUGGAGAUUCUCCAUUGAAAGAGCUAUUUAAUCCAGGACUAGGUUUAGAUAAUCUGUAUCUGGGAAACACCAGGCCCAUAGGAUAAGUGAAAUUUAAAUGGUGACAGUUUAUUUCCUCCAUCAACCCCAACAGGAAAGUUGUUGAACUGCCACGGAGGCGAGUGAGUGUUCCUAUCGACCGGAUCGGAGUGGGCCGUCUACCUAGCAGCAGGGGG